AUGAAGAAGAAGCUGAAUAAGAGAAAGAUGGUUCCCAAUUCCAUUGUUUCAACUGAUUCAAAGGAGUUAAGAAAACCGUUUUGGCAUGAUGAUACAGUUGAUCGUUUAAACAAGAUUUAUCUUGUGUCAUGUUUUGCCAAGAAAUACCCAAAGUUUAUUUAUCUUCUCCAUUUGCCAACAAUGUCCAUCCAUAGAACCACCUCCGAGCAAGAAAGAAUUGGCAGAAAAUAUAUUCAGCAAAUCAGAAACUUAGAAAAAGACGCCAUUCAAGAACAAGAACAACAGGAAGAUAAAUUGGAACAACAAGAAGAUGAAUUGAAAGAAGACAAAGAACUAAAUGAAGACGACGAAGAAUUGGAUGAAGAUGACGAUGAAUUGAAUGAAGACUUGCUAAUAAAAAAAUUUUUAUUUUAA